CAACUGUUGUGUGACGUGAUGAUUGUGGCGGAAGAUGUCGAAAUAGAAGCUCAUCGUGUGGUCCUGGCAGCCUGCAGCCCCUACUUCUGUGCAAUGUUCACAGGUGACAUGUCUGAGAGUAAAGCCAAGAAGAUUGAAAUAAAGGAUGUGGAUGGGCAGACGCUAAGUAAGCUGAUUGACUACAUCUAUACAGCUGAAAUUGAGGUGACCGAAGAGAACGUCCAGGUGCUGCUUCCAGCAGCCAGCUUGCUACAGCUCAUGGACGUUCGGCAGAACUGCUGUGACUUCCUGCAGUCUCAGUUGCAUCCCACCAAUUGCUUGGGCAUCCGUGCAUUUGCAGAUGUGCACACCUGUACUGACCUUCUGCAGCAGGCCAAUGCCUAUGCAGAGCAGCACUUUCCAGAGGUGAUGCUGGGGGAAGAAUUUCUUAGCCUAAGUCUGGACCAGGUGUGCAGCCUGAUAUCCAGUGACAAGCUGACUGUUUCUUCAGAAGAGAAGGUGUUUGAAGCUGUGAUUUCAUGGAUCAAUUAUGAGAAAGAAACUCGUUUAGAACACAUGGCAAAGCUUAUGGAGCAUGUCCGGCUUCCUCUCUUACCUAGGGAUUACUUGGUCCAAACAGUUGAAGAAGAAGCUUUGAUAAAGAAUAACAACACCUGUAAGGACUUCCUCAUUGAGGCCAUGAAAUACCAUCUGCUCCCUUUGGAUCAGAGGCUCUUGAUUAAGAACCCAAGGACCAAGCCCAGGACUCCAGUCAGCCUCCCCAAGGUCAUGAUUGUGGUUGGCGGCCAGGCACCCAAGGCAAUCCGCAGUGUGGAGUGCUAUGAUUUCGAGGAGGACCGGUGGGAUCAGAUUGCUGAGCUUCCCUCCAGAAGGUGCAGAGCAGGUGUGGUGUUCAUGGCUGGCCAUGUGUAUGCUGUGGGUGGGUUCAACGGUUCACUGCGUGUGCGAACAGUAGACGUGUACGAUGGCGUGAAGGACCAGUGGACGUCCAUUGCCAGCAUGCAAGAGCGCACACUGGGUGCGGCAGUGCUCAAUGACCUGCUCUACGCAGUGGGAGGCUUUGAUGGCAGUACUGGCCUAGCAUCGGUGGAAGCCUACAGCUACAAGACCAACGAGUGGUUCUUUGUGGCCCCGAUGAACACACGGCGGAGCAGUGUGGGUGUGGGCGUUGUGGAGGGGAAGCUGUAUGCUGUUGGAGGUUAUGACGGGGCCUCUCGCCAGUGCCUGAGCACCGUGGAGCAGUACAACCCAGCAACCAAUGAGUGGAUCUAUGUGGCAGACAUGAGCACCCGCCGCAGUGGCGCAGGGGUUGGGGUGCUCAGUGGACAGCUGUACGCCACAGGUGGGCAUGAUGGACACUUGGUGAGGACGAGCGUUGAGGUUUAUGAUCCUGGAACAAACACCUGGAAGCAGGUGGCAGACAUGAACAUGUGCCGGCGCAAUGCAGGAGUCUGUGCAGUGAAUGGGCUCCUGUAUGUUGUUGGAGGAGAUGAUGGGUCUUGUAACUUGGCUUCAGUGGAAUACUACAAUCCUGUCACCGACAAAUGGACGCUGUUGCCAACCAACAUGAGCACAGGAAGGAGCUACGCAGGUGUUGCUGUAAUUCACAAGUCCUUAUGACCCAAACUUCAACUGCCAGGAGGUGGAGGAAAGAGCUGGUGCCGUCUGUGACUUGCAAUAGCGGGGCCAUGAAGAUGGGACUUAAUUUGCUGGGAGAGUCUGCAGCGGUGCAAGAACUUCCUUCCCCUGACUUGGCAGACUGGCGUCAUCCAUCACAGCGUGGAUACCAAUGACCUACCUCCUGCUCCUCGAGGUGCUUUGGCCUCUGCUCUGAGCAGUGGGGUUCCUGAUAGCUCCAGCAGCACCUUUGAACUUUCGUUUUUGAUGUUUCUACAGGGACAGCAGAGAGCUUGGUGUGUGUGUGUGUGUGUGUGUGUGUGUGUGUGUGUAUGUGUGUGUGUGUGUGUGUGUGUGUGCGCGUGCACACAGAUGUGUAGAACAUGGUGUUUUACUCAUUUAGGGGGGUGGGGAUGUGUGAUAGUCUACUGGGUUUCUUUACUACUGAUCCUUUUACUAUGCUAAAAGUCAAAUCACAGAAAUUUCUCUUCUGGAUUUGCCCCAUGGGGACCCUGAGACUACUCAUGCUGCUGUAUUCUGGAAGUCCAGGUGGAGAGGUUAGGAAUGUCUAGAGAUGACCGGUGGAAGGGGCAGUCCUCCGAUCAUGUCCAUGUUCAUGACUUGACUACUGUGACUGCAGAAAAGCUGGGGUGUUUUUGAAGCUGUGCCAUGAUCUCUGUGUACUGGACUAGGGAACAGACAGGUUAUUUGUGUUCCUUCGCUGGCCACUCUGCUUUGGGUUUUUCUUCAGGAAGCAGAUGAGAAUUGAUCAGGCUUCGUAUCAAGGCCACUGGUCUUUGCUGUCACAGAUUCCAGGUUUGGGAGAGUUUGUGCCUCUUUGACGUGGAACACUAGCUCUUCAGAGAAGUCCUGGGUAACAUACUGGAGAAAAAAAAUACACAAAAAAUAGACCAAAAAACCAAGGAUUUAGUUCUUGCCCAUAACGGCCUCAGAGAGGGAUCCUACUUCUGGUUUUUUCCAGGGCAGGACAGUCCUCAUUUAUUAUUAUUCAAGCAUAAUUAUUUAUAGUACCAUUUUGCUCUCAAAAAUGUUCUAGUUUGGAGGAUAAGUAAAAGGUCAUUCUCCCUCCAAAUGCAUGGAUGAGUUUGUUCCUGUGUUGAGAGGGGUCACGUGUGAUUCACAUGGAGAUAGAUGACUUCAAAGGAAUAUAUUAAGUGGAGCUGGUCCUUGGCACUUUGUGAUGAUGGUCAAAUCUGAUAUCUUUUGUCUUCCUUUUGUUAUGCUUUCCCCCUGUUCCAGGGUCUGUGCCCUCUCCCCAGCCCCUAUAAUACCCUCUUCCCCCUUUGCUUCUCCUGUGGCCCUGGAUCUGAGAUCAUUCCCAGGGAUACUUAUAUUUUAUAAGAGGAGCUUGAUGAGAGCUUCGCUGAAUCACAAGUAAAAAUGAUAGAUGAUAGAACUUCAAACACCUGGGGGUAGGUAUUUGAGGGCACAUAGAGUCAUUUGCAUAAAGCUGUGCUAUUCAUAAACUCGCACAUCGCUUAUGUUGAUUUCUGGCAUAAAGGAGGGAGGCCGUGUGUCUGGAGAACAGUCUCAUACUUUGGGUGCUGAAGUUUAACUCUCAUGUCAGGGUCUACCUAUGGGAUGCUAAGGAGCUUUAUAAAUCCUGAUGUUGGAGUUUUGAUGUAGCUGGGCUGCUUUCAAGCAGUUACUACAGGAAAUUGGUGUUCCCCACUUCUUUACCUAUCCCUCAGCUUGAAACCCAGAAGUCUUCCCAGCUAGUUGGGCACUUAGUGUAUUUACUGUAUAUUUAUUGUGUACCAAAUGUGCAACUCUUUUGAAGAUGAAACUUCUGUUUAGCACACAGAAUUUUUAAUAGCCUUGGGAAGAGGUUAAAAUGCCCAGCCUUUGUGGACCCAGAAGUAUCUCCAGAGGAAUCAAUACGCUUUAGCUGGAUUCUGUGAUGUCACCAAGCAGUAGGGAUGACUGAUUUCAGAACACUGGCUCUAAAGCAGAAGCUGAAUGGAAUGAACUUUUGUCACACAUGUCCUCCCUCCCUCUCUGAGGAAGUUUUGGGACUGAUUUGGUUGUGUGGAGGUUAUGAAGUUGGGAGUUGGGAUCUGACAUAUGCUAUUUGUACAAGCUCUUGAUUUCAGAUGAAAGGUGAAUUCCUCAUCCUCUCCCCAACCACUAAGAAGCUGGACUUUCAUGCUUAUGUAGGGAAGGCUAUUUUCUGUGUGUUGUCUUCCCAUAAAGGGUCCUUACCCUGAAAGCUAGCCAGCCAUGUUUUCUGCUUUUCGAUUUUUGCCAUUGGACCUAUCCUUCUGGGAAACUCUGCCUCUGCUGGUUGUGCUGCUGAGGCCAUGUUCAUUCCAUCCUCAUGUGUACUUUCUCGGGGGGACUAGAACACUGGUAUGUCAUCACCAAAAAGCCAAUCUACUCUAGUUGUCCAUAGAUGCCAUCCAAAAACUGCUGUUUCUUCAUCACCAGGUACAAUUCUUUCUCCACAGUGACUUUCUACACAACAGAUUUGUUUUCAAGUCUGUGCUGGUCACAUGGUGGAUGAAACCUGCCCCCUCCACUCCUGUUAGGGUGGCCACAACUGCUUGUGAAUAUAGCUUUGCCAGUGGCAUAUCUAAAAUCUGAUUACAGUGGUGAAAUGGAAUUGAGGCCCAAGGUUAGUAGCAGCUUAGACACCACUUGGAUUCUGAUUUGGACAACAUAGAAGUUGGAUUCUGAAUUCCAAAGUUAUUUCUCGUAAGUACCCAAUGGCAUCUCUCCAUCUAAAAAAUUGCAGUAUUAUGCAAAUGAAAGUGACCUCAUUUUCUGCUAUGCAAUGAGAAUUCUUAAUUCUAUUUCAUGACAAGCCAGUUGCAAUAUCCCCUAAGAUGCUUUUUAAGCUAUCUUACUUUGAUAUCUGUUGUGUAAUGUUUGUAUAUUUCUGAGCCAGAUCUUUUCAAAGAUUGCCUUUUUAUAAAAUUGAAGCUAUAGCUUUCAGGCUAAAAUUUUAAUGUAGAUAUUUUUAUAAGAUAAUUUUCAAGAUAUAUUUGAAUUGCUUUUUAUUGUCUGUGAUUAUGAAAUGUUACGUUCUGUAUGUCAUUCAUUCUCAAACAUAGUUCAUGCCUGCAGCUAUCUUCUCUCUUUAUUUCUCAUCCUCCAAAAAUGGAUUUUUCAGUAGCUCCAGGUACAUGAAUCUUUUUCACAUGGAAUUUCCUUUUUUAUAUCAUAUUCAAGGGAGACUGCUUCAUUUAAAAUCCCAGUUGUGGAUGUUUCUUGAAUAGCUAGAGACUAAUGUUAAGCUUGACUCAACACUUA